UAUCUGAGGCGGCUUUGGGGCUUGGGAAUUGUUUUUUUUAACGUCAUCGCACUGUUCCUGUUCUGUAGAUCGUUCGCUUCGAGGAAAUCGUAGUUCGCGUUAAAUAGCUUUGAGGAGAGAAACUGAAGAAAUGGAGGCUCAAGCUUCAUUCAUCCAGCCUGCACAUAUAAAUGGGCCUCAGUUAAACCAAAAGAGAAAUGCCAGGAGAAAGCAGCCGCAGCACUCUGCUGAGAUAGUGUAUUCCAAAGGGGCAUCCAUCCAGACCAUGCCCUCUCUCGGCAAACUGCUGAAGGGAAUCACCGACUGUGUCAUUGGUCUUCAAUAUGUGUGGGAGUACCGCAGCCCCAGUAAAUCUGUCCCACCACACUACCAGUGUAAACUCUGUGCCGUCUCGCGCUUGCAGCAUGAUAUGCUUGCCCACGUAAGAGGCUGGAAACACAGCUUCAGAUACUUGAAAAAGGUUCACCCUGACAAGGUCACACAUGAAGAGGAAGAGGCCAUCAAAGACCCUGUUGUAAGGAAGUCGAUUAAAGAAGUUUCCGCUGCGGUGGAGAAGGCGGAGGGAAGGGGGCAACUCAAGGUGAUUCUGAAGGAGCCCUGUGAAGUACCUGCGUUCAAAGGACUCCGUACUGCCAUUCCUAAAUUUAUACCUCCAACAGGACCAGGGAUGGGACCAAAGGGACCACCCUUCGGUCCGUCAGGUCCCCGGUUCUCUGACCCGAGGUUUCCAGGGGAGUAUCCACCACAGGGCGGUCUUCUCUCCGACUAUCCGGGGGGAGAUUAUGGGGAGCCUGACUUCGGUGGCUUUGACUAUCCGAACAGGCAAGACUCCCAUGACUGCGGUAUGGAUCGAAGACCUUUCCCAGACGGCAUGGGUCAUCGCCCAGCUGGGGCCGGAGAUGGCUUUGGAUCAGGCAGUGGGAGAGACGGCUAUGGAAGGAGCGGACUCCUCGAGGAUGUCCCAGGCAGGAUGCAAGCCGAUGCGUACCGGGGCGGCUUACUGGACAGACCAAUAGACAAACCACUAGAGAGGCCAGGCCUGAUGGGAGCAGCUCCGGAAAGUAGCAGCCGCUCUACUACACUUCUCACUUACCUGGAUACCUUUCGGAUUGAGAAUGAGGACGAUGCACAGCUGGUGCUGAAGGUGACCCAAAAACUGACAGAUGUGCUGAUGGAGUACAGACUGAGGAGUGUAUCGAGGGGUUCCAGUAUGAACAGCUUGUCAAUGAGCUCCACAGGCUUCUCUUCUACAACCCCCAGGAUGAUGAGCAAUAGCGACCGGUUCUCGUCCAAUAGUCUCCUGGGUACACCCAGGUACUCUGAUGGUCCUGCCAGGUACUACAAAUGACAAUCAUUAAAUGUGAUUCCUCAUUCUCCAGAAGUCGAGCGUUGAUUUUGUGUAAAUGUUUAAGUUUAGGCGAUUUCUUUUAGUGUUAUUGUUUUAAACUUGUUAGAAUAUAGGAACAUUUUAGUUUUAUUUCCAAGUUUUACUUGUGCAUGUUUCAGCAGCUAUGACUGAACUAAGUGUAUCACCAAUGUUCAUUUCCCAUGGCCCUAUUGUAUUAAACCAAUGGAGAAAUUG